GCAGCAUUCAGCUGCGUAUAUCUGGAGAGCUCUUCCAUCCAUGGCAGUGGAAUGAAAUCCAAGCUGGUGCCAGAGCCAAGCAUUGAAGGCGAUAAUGAAAUAUCUGGAUUGCCUUUUGCGCAAAACCGAGCGAUAAACGCCAAAUGCUGAGACGCCACGCCGUGGCUGCCUCAACGUUUUUGAAGAGCAGUUGACAUGCAACUGUCGCUAUGGAGUGUCGCCGUUUAUUGAAUUUCCUGCUGCCAUUGAUGCUGGGCAUAUCUGGGACAUGGCUGCUGCCCAUAUCCCACUUGGAGCUGAUGGAGUUCGACUCGAGGUUUCUGGCACAAGUGCUGCUCAAUGUGAAUGCCAGCGUGGAGCCUUGCGAGGAUUUCUAUGGCUACGCCUGUGGUAAUUGGAGUGCAAACUACGAAGACACUCAAAGCUAUUUGGAUAUGCCUGGCUACAUGGAUUACAAAUACAACAAACAACUACUGAACGCCUUAGAGAGUCACUGCCAGCAAGGCGGCAUCUAUGAGCUGCUGUGGGCGUACUAUGUGUCGUGUCGUGACUUGGCGCAGCCGGCACUAAAUGAGCUGCUGCACUUGCUGGAGCCUCAACUGGAUCUGGAGUGGCCCAUUUUUCGAAGCAAUCACAGCGAACAGUGGCGCAACGAAACCCGAUUCGAUUGGCUGGCCACGCUGGCCAAGCUGCGUGUCUAUGGCCUAAAUGGCGUCUUUAUCAAACAGGAUGUAAACGUGCGACGCGGCAAUGGAUCGCAUUAUGUGUUGCUAUUGGCGCCGCAGUUAGCCGAUGAGGAGCCGUUGGGUGAACAGGAGGUACAAGAUUUGUACGCAGCCUUCGGACUGGAUGAGUCACUGGCCAAGAAUCUGACCGACAAAUUGAUGCAGCUGGAGUGGCGUCUAGGCAACCUAACGCUCCAGGAAAGCCCGCAAUCAACGGACAGCCUGACCGAGUGGACAUUUGCGGAGCUACAGCAACGGCUGCCCCAAAUUAAUUGGCGUCACUAUUUGCUAGAAUUGCUGGAUGCAGAUGUGGCGGAUGCAGUGCAGCUGGUGCAGGUAACAGCGCUCAAUGCCAGCUAUCUGGAGCAGCUGCAGCUGAUACUCGCGGAUAGCUCCAACGAGACAAUCUGUUAUUAUCUCAUGUUCAAGCUGCUCUAUGCAUUCAACGAGGAGUUGCCGCCGACCGGCUCGAAUGAAACGCGCUCCACGGCCUGUGUGCUGCAGCUGCGCGGUCACAUGCCACUGGCCAUGAACUACCUGUACGAGCAGCACUACUAUAGCGAACGACGGGCGGCGACUGAUGCGGCGCUGCAGAAGCUGCAGCAAAGGCUAAGCAAGGAGUUUGAGCGGCUGAUCAACGAGAACCAUUUGCAAUUGAAUGCACUGGAGCUGUCCUAUGUGCUGGAGGAGCUGCACAGCCUGCGCCUCAAAAUAGGCAACAUGCCGCCAGGCCUAACCAUGUCCCAGUUGAUGGCAUACUACAAGGACUUGCAGCUGCAGCACAAUGAUUUCUAUGGCAACAAGUUGCAGCUGCUGCGGUUCUAUCAACGGCUCGACCAACAGCUGCUGGCCAACCAGCCAGGCAUGUGGCCAGCCCAUGAAUACUAUCAGCAGGAUGCAGUCGUGGCGCGCAGCUCCUCCCCAGGGAAAAUCUUUCAAAAUGCCGUGCUGCUGCAACACGGCUACUUGCAACUGCCGCUGUACGAUGCUCGCCUCUCCGACUUGCUGCAGCACGCCCAGCUGGGCUUCAUUUUGGCGCACGAGCUGCAGCAUGCAUUUGACUUGUUUCACAUUGUGUACGACGGCCGAGGCAACUACAAUCUCACCGGGUUGGCGCUGCUGCAGCAUUUUGCCAACUUCAUCAGCUGCUACACCGAGCGCAAUGCCCAGCAGCAGCUGUUGCUCUCCGAGAGCAUGUCGGACAUUGUGGGCUUACGCCUGGCAUUUGCAUCCUACUUUAAUGCUGUGCCACCCACUGACCGCCCACCAGUGGGCAAUUAUACACAGCAGCAGCUCUUCUUUAUCAACUCGGUGCAAUUCUUAUGCGCCAACAUGCAGGAAAUUACGGGCAUGAGCGUCACGCAGGAUGCGGAGCACGGCCUGCAUAAUGAGCGAGUCAAUCGCAAUUGGCCGCAUCACGAGCAAUUUGCCAACGCUUUCAACUGUGCGGCCGGCCAGGCCAUGCACCAGGCGGACAAGUGCCGGCUGUGGUGAGCUCGAGAUCUACUAUAGAGUGUUGCGUGCUCCUAAUAUAGUCAAUAUCGAUUAACAGUCAGCACAGUUUAUGCAUGCUGGCUGCCCAGGUGCAUAUUAAGUGGAUGGACGAAGUGUUCCAUGCACUCAAAUGAGAGCUAUGCGCUUUGAAUACAUUAAAAUUAUCUACUACGUUAUCUAAAUACUUAAACAAGCUAUAAUUGA